AUGAGCCAUGCACUCAACGUGCUGGUCACUCCCACCCGAGAGCCCCCAAUGCCCUCGGCGAAGCAGCGGAACUUUUACACUUGGAGCGAGGCUUCGAGGCCAUCCUCGCCCCGCGAGCUGCUGACGGCGGCUUCCCUUGCGUCGGUCAGCGGACCUCCCAGCUGGUUCCGGCCACCCGCGCCCCUGCCGGCGCCGGUGCUGACGGCCCCUUUGGGAGCGGCUUUGUGGCAACAAGCCGGCCAGACACCUGCAAGAUUCGUUCAGCCGGUUACGAAUCUGUGGAGGGCAGAGCCGGUGGCCUUCGCGAGACCGGCGCCUUCGUCUCCCGCGCCGUUUGCCCGUCCGCUGAGCCCGUCGCCGCGGCCGCAAAUGCGCCCAGUGCCCCGGGUGCCACCGCGCCCGCCGCGGCCGCAGCCACGUUUGCAGGGACUGCCAGCCACACCAGAGCCGCGAACACGAAGCCCACAACGGCAAACGCCACUAGAGGGGCAAGGCGUACGGCAGCCACAAGGUCAAGCACCACAAGGACUACAAGGGCUGCAAGAACCGCAAGGACAAGGAUGGCAAGAAGCACAAGGACAAGGAUCGCGAGAACCACAAUGGAAGCCGCAGCUGCAAGAACCUCGUUUGGAGUCGAGUGAAGGCGCGAGCGAGUUGGAGAGUCCACUCGAUGACUCGCGUGCACUGGACACUUCGGUUUCGAGCAGCAUGACUCACAGGUCGUGCUGGCUACCGGAGCGGCUCCACAAAUUCAACACCAUCAUGGGGCGAGAGAAGUCGCCCGACUCGGCGCAUUUGCCGAGAGUGACCUUCGAGGAGCCGGGUCGCGACGACAAGAGUGUGGCGGACUUGAAGCGGGAGCUGCAAGUCAGAGGCCUGGAUUGCCUCUUCUGCUUCUCGCAGGAGGACUUGCUGCAGCGACUGCGAGAGGAUAUCGAUCGAGGGCGGCCGACGAGAGCUGCGAAAGUCUGA